CUGUCCAGUACAAGAAACUACAGUCUCCGACGCUUUUAAAGCGCCUCCUCCCGUACAUGGACCACGCUGUGUUCCUGUUUUCCACUCACUAUAGCGAAUGCACACGGUGUUCUCUUGAAGGUUCCCGCGCCAUUGUGCCCGCAUUUCUCGUGCGGUUGUCGACUCGGAAAGUAUCUUCUGGUUAUCCUCGGUCUAAAAGGAAGAAAAAAAAGAAAAAGAAAAUUCGAAAUUUUUGGAACACGUUCAAAAUUACAUUUUGAAACAUGAGGAAACUUUUGGCUCUUUUGGUAAUCGUAUUGGCAUGUGUAAUGAUCAACGCUCAAGGACAGGUACCCCCUCCAAAAUCAUCAAUUUAUGGAACAACAUUCGACGAAAUUGUCGUAUCGUCCGAUUUAAGUGUACGAAGAAAAUCUAAGGAAAAUCGCCAAGGCAAAAGAUUACUUUCGAACGUACCAUCGGGUACUACCGGUUCGCCUGAAAAAUCAACUCCAGUUGCAUCCAGGCUCGUGUCAAGCGACGGGAGUCGUAUUACACCAGUGGCUAGAGCAAAGCGUGAAUCUGUUACACUUCAAACAAGAUAUUUGGAUCUGGGAGUCGCGGGAUACUUGCUGAAGUCUCAAAAACGAUAAAAAAUUAAACAACGAGGACAACCGCACAAAUCCCCACCCUCAUCUGUGAUCACACGUUUCGACUAUCUUUCGGACCCGGCUCAUGUAUCAAAAGUUUAAUAAAAAUUCUUCUGUGUCAUAACA